AUGGACACUGAAGCGAAGUUUUAUGAUGAAUUUCUGGAGCUACCAAUCGGGGAAAAGGUUGUGAAGUUCUUCGGAAGCACAAAAACGAGAAUUAGAGUGCCAUGGACAAAUGCACUAAUUGUCAAGGUUUUCGGGAAAACUGUGGGAUAUCAUUUCUUGCAUUCUCGCAUCAUAAGUCUGUGGAAACCUAUAGGGAGAAUGGAUUGUGUUGACUUAGGGAAUGACUUCUUUCUAAUCAAGUUUCAAGCUAAGGAGGAUCAUGCUAGAGUUCUAAGGGAAGGGCCAUGUUUCGUCGGAGGACAUUACUUGUCUAUCAGGCCUUUUUCCCAGCGCAACCUGGGGAAGAACAAAACCAUGAGGGGUAUAGACACCAAAGUGGACAAUAUCUACACAGUUGGGGUGGGGCCGUUACAGAUGUUGGGGUGGGGCCGUUACAGAAUCCGUCUCCUUGAGCUCCCAAUAGAGUACUAUGAGACGUCCACAUUGAAGGAGAUAGGAAAAGCUAUCGGACUUGUAUUGAGGAUUGACACUCACACGGCAACUGAAUCCCGAGGAAGGUUUGCUCGACUUUACGUUCAAGUAAAUUUCAAUGAGCCGAUUAUUAAACUUCUGAAGAUGGGGGGGAUAGACCAACCUGUCCAAUAUGAGAGGAUUAAUUCCAUGUGUUUUGCGUGUGGUCAUGUGGGGUACAAGGCAGAGAACUACCACUACAAGAUCAGCUCUCUAGCGAAGGGUGGGGUAGAAGUAGAAGCGAGAAACAGUCAAGAUGAAGGAAAACAAAAAUUGUCAAAGGAGGCAGACGAUGCCUUUGGACCUUGGGUCCUUGUUGCAUGA